UCUCCUAGCAACCUGGCGGGCGUUGAGCAGAGCCGCCUGCGCGAUGGACGCGGAAAGCCUCCUGCUGUCACUGGAGUUGGCGUCUGGCAGUGGGCAGGGCCUUAGCCCAGACCGUCGGGCCUCGCUGCUCACUUCUCUUAUGCUGGUUAAACGCGACUACCGCUUCGAUCGGGUCCUCUUCUGGGGCCGCAUCCUCGGCCUGGUCGCCGAUUACUACAUCGCUCAGGGCGUGAGCGAGGACCAGCUCGCACCGCGCAAGACCCUGUACAGCCUGAACUGCAUGGAGUGGAGCCUCCUGCCCCCCGCCACAGAGGAGAUGGAGACACAGAUGUCUGUGGUGAAGGGCCGCUUCAUGGGAGACCCCUCCCAUGAGUACGAACACACGGAGCUGCAGAAAGUGAACGAGGGUGAGAAGGUCUUUGAAGAAGAAGUAGUGGUCCAGAUCAAGGAAGAGAAGCGCUUGGUGUCUGUUAUUGACCAGAUCGACAAGGCUGUGGCUGUCAUUCCCCGAGGCGCCCUCUUUAAGACCCCUUUUGGACCUAUCAAUGUCAAUCGGACCUUUGAAGGACUGUCCUUGUCCGAAGCCAAGAAGCUGAGUUCUUACUUCCACUUCAGGGAGCCUGUUGAGCUGAAGAACAAGACAUUGCUGGAGAAGGCUGAGCUUGAUCCGUCCCUAGACUUCAUGGACUCCUUGGAGCACGACAUCCCCAAAGGUGCUUCCACAGACAGACGUCUCUCUUGAUUUUCAUAUCAAUCUUGAAUGAAGGCAAGUUGGGAACUUCCCCCCACCAAAACAUCCCUGAAAAUACUAGCCAUAUAUAUACAUCUUCAGGGUUGGUUUUGGGGUUAGAUCCAGUGCUUGGCAUACAGCUGGUGCUCAGGGAGUAGAUGCCGACUGACCUGAAGAGGACCACCUGCUAAGGAAAUGAAUUCUGUACGUCUGUCUCCUGCUGAAUGUGCUUUUAAAUCCUAAAACAUACAACUUCAGAGGCCUUCUUGUGCUUCAGGGCCCACCUGGCUUAGGCACACAGCUGGCAGUUGGUGGGGGUCAGAGACCCCUGGGCAGUUUCCUCCCUGGGCUCCACCAGUAGAGAAGAGCAUGUC